AACAGCUUCAACAGCUUCUCACCUCGCGACAACACCACCAACAAUCCCAGAUAGUUUGCCCAGAUACGAUUUGGGAAGUCAAGAAGCGGUAAGAUCAAACUCACAAAGCCAUAUCUCUGCCAUCCUUCCCUUUUCUUCCCCAGUUCCAUUUCGCGCAGCUCCCGACAAUGGAGACGGUUCCGCCUCCGCCGCCGCCGCCGCCGCCUCCGCCUAUGGAACCUCCACCACCCCCCCCACCGAGUUCGGAAUUGGAGCCCCCACCGCCUCCACCACCACCACCUACAAGGGAGAAGAAAGGCUGGGCAUCGAAGAGGAGGCAACCGCCGAGUGUCGACGACGUACUCAAGGCCCAUCGCGACAAGGAAGCGGCCGCGGCCAAACCAAGGUUUAUACCUAGGGCGGAGCGGGAGAGGAUAGCGCUGGAGAAGCGACAGAAAGAGGUGGAAGAAGCGCGCAAGAGGAAAGAAGGGGCUUCCCUAAACAAUGCGCCCAUCCAAAAGUUAGGUAAUGCGGUACCCACAGGGCCUCGCGCAAUGCGGGGAGAAAUCCCCACGGGUCCAGCGUCCAUGCGCAAAGGAGACAUGGCACCUCCACCUGUUCCUAGCAAGGAGAGCGGAGACAAGCAACGUUCAAACAAGAGACCGCCUGACGAUACCGAAGCUGCCAUGAUACGCAAUCGAUACAUGGGUCCCGAGCAAAAUCAGUCUACAUUCUCGGCCAAGAAGAAACGACGACGAACUACCGAGAAGAAAUUCAACUUUGAGUGGGACAAUGAAGAAGACACCAGUGUUGACUACGACCCUAUUUACGCGCAAAAAGCAGAGGCCACAUUUUUCGGCCGUGGUAGGCUUGGUGGCUUCACUGACGACAUGAGUGAGAAGAACUCGCAAAAGUACCUCCAGGCUAUCAUAGAGCGUGACCCGGAAACCGGCCGCGCUCGAGCGGAUGCCAUUCUACAACUAGAGCAGCGCCGCAAACAGGAGGGUAGUAGGGCUCAGCUGGAGAAGCAUUGGAGUGAAAAGAGGCUGGACCAAAUGCGGGAAAGAGAUUGGCGCAUUUUCAAGGAGGACUUCAGUAUCAACUCAAAGGGAGGAGGAAUACCAAAUCCCAUGCGCUUUUGGCAUGAGUCUGGGCUCUCGGAAUCUAUUCUUCGGAUUGUGGACCAAGUCGGUUACACGGAGCCAUCACCUAUUCAGCGCGCUGCUAUCCCUAUCGCUUUGCAGUGCCGUGACCUGAUAGGUGUCGCCCAAACUGGUUCCGGUAAAACAGCCGCCUUCGUCCUACCGUUACUUAACUACAUCAUGGAUCAACCCAAGCUUGGUGUUGCUAAUCGGAAUGACGGUCCCUACGCCAUCAUCCUCGCCCCGACUCGUGAGUUGGCUCAACAGAUCGAGGUUGAGACGCGGAAGUUCGCCAGUCGCCUGGGAUUCAAUACUGCUGUAUUGGUUGGUGGUCACUCCAUAGAGGAACAAUCUUUUCAACUACGGGAUGGAGCCGAAAUCGUCAUAGCCACUCCAGGUCGACUUCUCGAUUGUAUUGAACGUCGUGUCUUGGUCUUAAGUCAAUGCUGUUACGUCAUCUUGGAUGAAGCCGAUAAGAUGAUUGACAUGGGUUUCGAAGAACCUGUGCAGAAGAUUCUGGAAGCUCUUCCGGUCAGCAACGAAAAGCCAGACUCUGACGCUGCUGAGGAUGCCCAGGCUAUGUCUCAACACAUGUACAGGCAAACUAUGAUGUACACGGCUACUAUGCAGGGGACUGUAGCGCGUAUAGCCCACAGAUAUCUACGCCGGCCAGCUACAGUCGAGAUCGCUCAAGGAGAGGCUGUCGAAACUGUCGAGCAACGUGCGGAGUGUAUUCCUGGUGAAGACAAGCGCAAGAGGCGUCUUCGAGAGAUCCUCGAUUCAGGCGAGUAUCCCUCGCCCGUCAUGGUCUUUGUCAACAUCAGGCGGAAUUGCGACGCUAUUGCACGCGACAUCAAACACUGGGGUUAUAGCACCGAAACGCUUCACGGCUCAAAAACACAGGACCAGCGUGAGCAAGCUCUGCAGCGUGUUCGUGAUGGGCGUACCGAUGUUCUAGUCGCCACCGAUCUGGCUGGACGUGGUAUCGAUGUGCCCGAUGUCAGUCUUGUCGUCAACUUCAACAUGCCACCCAAGAUCGACGCCUACACUCAUCGUAUCGGUCGUACAGGUCGUGCAGGCAAAAGCGGUACAGCCAUCACUUUCUGGGACAAUGGCGAUGCCGACGUGCUGUAUGACCUCAAACAGCUUCUUGCUAAGAGUCAAAUUAGCAAAGUUCCGGAGGAUCUCAAGAAGCACGAAGCCGCUCAGCAGAAGGGAGGGAGGCAGAAGGGUGAGAAGAAUGUGCUUGGCUAGAAUCCACACCGUCGACCACGUUUCGUUUCCUCCAGAUACAGGUAAUUGUAUAGUAACAAAUUCGAUGAUGGCGUGUUAGGAAUCAACACGAAUGACUCCAUGUAGUCACUCGACUGACUUAGUUCAAGUCGGUACGGAUGAAGAGGUAUCUAUUAUGAUAAUUCACAAUAAACAUCAAUUCAGUGAUUUUCGCUGUUUUGCACUACACACUAAAGAUUGAUAGCCAAGAAAACGUGACGAGACAUUUUGUUUGAAGGCCUUACUAACUUAUAAGAGAUAUGCUGCUCGACUAUGUACCCACAACUGACACAAUUGAUCGUAAUUGCCGAACCCUACUGCAACGGUGAUGCACAGGAGUGUGGGGCCUUUGCCAGGAUUGAUAUAACCCACUUCAAUUCAACCAUA